AGUACGCCAAAUUUCUUGAAACGUUCACUCCGUAGAAUUAAUCCAGCAGACAAGCACUGCCCGCAGAAUUUGAAGGCGUCUUCGGAAGCAGUCAGUUCGUAGCAGAGCAACUAGGGUUUUUCACGACUAUGACUCGGUUGAAUACAGAGCAAGUUCUCAAUGAUAACACAACCCAGGACCCGCUCGCCAUUGCUACUCUCAAGCUCAAUCACAAGGCUCUUUCUGAUGUAAAUGGUUUGUCCGUUUUCAAAAACUUGGAGAAGCUCGAUUUGACAUUCAACAAUCUAACAUCGCUUCAGGGGUUGGAAUCGUGCACGAAUUUGAAGUGGCUCUCAGUUGUACAAAACAAACUUCAAAGCUUAAAAGGAAUUGAGGGGCUUUCUAAACUUACUGUAUUAAAUGCGGGAAAGAAUAAGCUUCAGUCAAUGGACGAAAUUAGACCACUUGUUGGCUUAUGUGCUUUGAUUUUGAAUGACAAUGAGAUUGAUUCUAUUUGCAAGCUUGAUCAGAUGAAGAACCUGAAUACUCUGGUUCUUUCUAGAAAUCCAAUCCAUACUAUUGGAGAUUCUCUAUUGAAACUGAAAUCAAUGAAAAAACUAUCUUUUUCUAAUUGCAAGCUUCAAUCUAUUGAUUCGUCUCUCAAGUCUUGUAUCGAACUGAAAGAGCUUCGACUUGCUCACAAUGAAAUCAAGAUGCUCCCCAAUGAUUUGGCUCAUAACAAGAAGUUGUUGAAUUUGGAUUUGGGAAAUAAUGUCAUAAUGAGAUGGUCAGAUCUGAAGGUAUUGAGUUCAUUAGGCAAUCUCAAGAAUCUUAAUCUUCAAGGGAAUCCUAUUGCUGAAAGUGCUAAGUUAGAUAAAAAGAUUCGUCGACUGCUUCCAGGCUUGCGUGUAUUGAAUGCUAGACCAAUUGAUAAAUGCAUUCAGAAUGAGAAGGAUAACGGGAGUGAUAAAGGUGAUGACACUUCAAUCAAGAAAAUAGAGCUUCAAAAAGGGAAAAAAGAUGGAAAAUUGAAAGAUAAUGUUGAAACACAUAUGUCUGGUCGAGGCAGUGAUGGUGAACUUGAUCAUCCUAAUGAUGUUGACGUGGAAAGGAAGUCAGAGUGCAAAAAACGCAAGAUGGACAAGGUCACCAGGGAGGAGAAAGAAGUUCCAUCUCUUGACAAUAAGAUAAAUCACGGUACCAAUGAUAUUGCUAAGGAUAAGAAGACUUCAAAGCAGAAAAGGGCAAAAAACAAUAAGGAGCCAUCUUCACUAAUACACAAGGAGACACUUACCAAGAUCGAAAAGCAGAAGAAGAAAGCAAAGAAGGAAAGGGAAAGGCAGGUUGAUGUUAUUGAUGAUACUGAGAUGCCAUUCGAACAGCUUUUUGGAGGCGAUGGCGGUGAAGACAUCAAUGCUGAUCUUGGAAAGGUCGGUGAGAAAGCAGUAGAGGACAUGAGUAUAAAGGCUAACUCGGUAUCAUUUUCAUCUAAUAGAAAGGAAAUGAAAAACCAAGACCGAGUUGCAAGGUUACAAAUAGCCCCAGUAGUUGAAAUCGGAAUGGGCGGACCAUCAACAUGGGCUGAUGAGUAAUUUCGAUGCAAGGCCAUUCAGUUACUUGGGAAAAUUUGGAUCUCAUGGCAGUUCCAAGAUUAAACAAAUGUUUGGAAUGCUGUAAUAGAAAAGGACAAUGAGUUUUAGAAACUCAUUUCAGUGUUUGGGUCUGGCUAUGAGCUAUGAAGCAGCAUAGGCUACUGAUGUUGGGAGACUUGGCAUUUGAUUUGAGGGGAGCUUAGCUUACUAACACAAUUCUUUUAUUUUUCCUUUUACGUGAUGAAAUGGUGGAGGAUUUUUACUUUUCUAGUUGUUACCCUAAAUUUGAUUUUGAAAUUGUUAAAA